AUGUCGGAUUCUAGCGAAGAAGACGAUGAAGUAGCCCCCGAGGAAGAGUCCGACUCUGGAUUGGAACUCCAACAGACUCAAUCUGCAAUGGCGAGGCCACUGUUGCCAUCUUCUUCAUCAGAGGAAGAAGAAUCUGAAACUGAGUUGGAUUCUGAUGCCGAUUUGAUGCAAAGGCCACUAGCAGCGAAGCCAGUGGUAGAGACUCAAGUGAAGCCGGUGGAUGAUAGUAAGCUUCGUUUUACGCUGGUGAGAAUCAACAAGGCCACCAAUUCUGCUGAUGUCGCUGCUGCUGAUGUCGUCGAUGUUAAAAAUACUCUUGAUGCUGCUGCCGAUGUCGUUGCUGCUGAGGUUAAAAAUACUCCUAGGAAGUCCGCCGAGCCUGAGACAUCGGAUAGGAAGUCUAACCCAUUCCAGAGAAUCUGGAGCGAGGACGACGAGAUUGUCAUCUUGAACGGGAUGAUCAACUACUUAGCUAAGUUUAAAACAGAUCCAACUAAAGAUAUAAACAUGUUUCAUUCUUUUAUCAAGGAAGAUCUGCAGGCUGAUUGUAGCCGAACACAGUUAAUUGAUAAAAUCAGAAGGAUGAGGAACAAGUUCGAUAAGAAAAUCAAGAAUGGCAAAGAGAUCACCUUCUCCAAGCCCCACGAGCAGACUGUUUAUGAUCUGUCGAAAACAAUUUGGGGGAAUAAAGAGAAGCCGAUUGUGGUGAUUAGUGGUGCGGUGAGGAGAUCGGCCAACAAGAAGGAGAGUGAAGAGGUGGUGCCGAAGAAGAGGAUGAGGGUGAACUCAAAUUACCGUGGGGCGAUGACCAUGGAGGAGAAGAUGUUGAUGAAUGGUGAAGACUUGUUUGAAUCAGGGCAAGGCCUUAAGGGGGAAAAGGAGUGGAAGAAGCUUAGAGUUGAGGAAGUGCAGAAUUACCUUAAGCAUUUGGAGUUAAAAGUAGCUCAGAUCAAGCUUGUUUUGGCAGCUAUGAUGAAGCAUUCUUAGUUGGAUGAUCAUUUUAUUUUGCUUAUGGGAUUUUUUG